UGCUCUUGCUUCGCUUGAGUGGCCCAUUUUUUGACGAAGGCUUAUCCUCAGUCUGCUUACGUAUGCAGCUUGCUAAAUACAACAGUAACAGAUCACACCAUGCGGUUGAUUCUCUUAAUCUCUAACUUUGCCUUGGCGCUAAACGCUGCCUCACUACAUCAUAAAUCCGACUUCAAAUAUCUUGUCACUUUUGGGGACAGCUACACCGAUAAUGGCCGGCUUAGCUACUAUGGAGGCCAUAAUGAUCAGCCACCACCUCCAGGAGUUAUGCAACCAGAGACCAAUGUCACUGCUAGUGGAGGUUUGACAUGGGCACAAUAUGUUAAGAGCAGCACUGGUGCAACUCUUUAUGACUACGCCAUUUCUGGUGCUACUUGUGAUAACAACAAUGUGGCAAGAUGGGCAUCAUUCCUCAAUGCAAACUUUCCUUCAAUUAUCACCGAUGAAAUUCCAUCAUUCAAGAAAGAUCGAAAGACGGCCUUAUACCGUGGCGUAAAUGCGGCAAACACCGUGUACGCUCUUUGGAUAGGAACAAAUGACCUCAGCUUUACUGGGAUCCUCAGCGACUCUCAGGUGGCGGGAACUACUAUUUCAACAUAUAUUGACUGUAUAUGGGCGACAUUUGAUGCCAUCUACGCAGAAGGCGGUCGACGCUUCGUGCUGCUUAAUCUGAAUGCUCUACAGCUGGUGGGAUUAUAUCGUCCUCAGUCUGAUGGAGGCGCAGGCGACAAUCAAUUUUGGCAAAACAAGACAUUAUAUAACCAAACAGAGUACGCACAAAAAAUUCUCGAAUACACUACAUCGUCAAACACCAUUAUAGACUAUGGAGUUCCAUUCUAUCUGCUCGUUAAAAAUCGCUGGCCGGGAGCGAAAAUAUCAGUAUUCGACAUCCAUACCCUUCUUACUGACAUCUACAACAACCCUAAGAAUUAUUUGGAGUCGCCGCACAAUGUCAAGGGAUUUUACCAUCACUGCGAUGUGAAUGGUGCAAAUUGUAAAGAUGGACCAGGCUCGCUUGAUUCUUAUCUGUGGUAUGAUGAGCUUCAUCCUUCAAAUAAGACCGACUCCAUUAUUGCCCAAGAAUUUAUUAAAGUUGUCGCUGGAGACUCUAAAUUUGGAACGUCCUGGGGCCAUUAAUACACAGGCUAUUGGCAUAAGGGGAAAUAGUGUUUUAGGUACUAGUAAUAAAUAAUUGAAAGUUGUUAUAAUUCAC